CGCCGGCCUGCCGGGCUCCGCAGUGCAGCGCUGCUGCCAUGUCGCUGCUCUGCUACAACCGGGGCUGCGGGCAGCGCUUCGACCCCGAGAGCAACACGGAGGAUUCAUGCACAUACCAUCCAGGUGUGCCAGUCUUUCAUGAUGCUCUCAAAGGUUGGUCAUGCUGUAAGAGAAGAACAACAGACUUUUCUGACUUCUUAAGCAUUGUGGGCUGUACAAAGGGUCUCCAUAACAGCGAGAAACCUCCUGAACCUGUUAAACCGGAAGUCAAAACUACCUCUGAACGAAAGGAGCUAUCUGAACUGAAACCCAGAUUUCAAGAACACAUAAUUCAGGCACCAAAACCAUUGGAAACAAUUAAAAGGCCGAGCCCAGAUGAACCAAUGACAAAUUUGCAGCUGAAAGUGUCAGCUUCCUUGAAGCAAGCUCUUGAUAAACUGAAAUUGUCAUCAGAAAACGAAGGGAAAAAAGAGGAAGAUAGUGAUGAAAUCAAGAUUGGGACGGCAUGUAAAAAUGCAGGCUGUUCAAAAACGUACGAAGGACCACAGAGCACAGAAGAAGUAUGUAUAUACCAUUCCGGUGUACCUAUAUUCCAUGAAGGGAUGAAGUAUUGGAGCUGUUGUAAAAGAAAAACUUCUGACUUCAAUACGUUUUUAGCUCAAGAAGGCUGUGCAAGAGGAGCACACGUAUGGACUAAAAAGGAUGCGGGUAAGAAGGUGGUUCCAUGCAGGCACGAUUGGCACCAGACCGGAGGAGAAGUGACUAUUUCUGUGUAUGCUAAAAAUUCUGUUCCUGAUCUGAGCUAUGUAGAAGCAAAUAGCACAAUGGUAAAUAUGCAUAUUGUGUUUGAAGGAGAAAAGGAAUUUCAUCGCAGUGUGAAGUUAUGGGGAGUAAUUGAUGUAAAGAGAAGUUAUGUGAACAUGACAGCUACAAAGAUUGAACUCACUAUGAGAAAAGCAGAGCCCCUGUUAUGGGCAAGUCUUGAAUUACCAGUAUCCGACACACAACCAAAACAAGAGAGUUCGGAUCAAUAACGAUUCCAAGAGACAAGUUAUUUCCCAUUAUGAAGUGGUGACUUGCUACUGUAAUCAAAUAUUUAACUUUUAUAUAGAUUUUUUUUUUAAAUGCUAGAUCAUAUGUUCCCUUCUACAAAGAAAUUUGAUGCACAGUAAAUGGGGGUGUAAACUUGAAACGUAAUAGCUAUUUCUGCUCUUGCUCCCAAGAGUAUAUUUAUGCUAGAUGAAGUGUCUCCGUGGGAAUUUAGAGUUAAAAAGAGCUAUUGCCCUUUGCUUGCAACCUUACCUACCAAUGCACUAUCCCAGUAGAUGUUCUUAGUUCAGAGUGUGUGUGUUAGUUUUUCAGCUCAUCGGUUUAGACUUAAAGUACUCGGUAGCCCAUGUUAAAUUUAACACUGUUCAUUCUGAAGCAUACAGUAAUGCAGAUACAAAAAUCUGAGUUUGAAUUGGUUAGCAUGCAGUUCUACAUCUAGAAUAAAUGGUUACAUAAACAUAAGAUGAAAUAACACUUACAGACUUGCACUUCUGUCUUCUGAAAUGAACAUUUGUUUCAGUACCUCUUGGCUAUGGAGGGAUGGAAUAAAUGGUGUUUUCUAAGGAUUUCAGUACUUACUGACUCUUGCUGUCUUUCAUGUAUAAAAGCAGGAGAUCAGGUUAAAAUAAAAAAAAAAAAAGUUGGUGAGAAGAGAUUUUUUUUUUUAUUUUAUUUUAAGGGUUAAAUAUAAAAGUGAAUGGACAGUGAAAUGGCUGGAUAAAUUAGCAUUUCAGCUGUGAAGAGUACACAAACAGCAGACUAUUGUAAAAUUACCAAAGUGCUGUAUAUAUUUCAUGGUCUUCAGAAUGUGUAUUCUGUCCUAUUCUACAACGUUAAAAAUCCCAAGACUUCCUUCAAAGUGGGUAUGUGUAUUAUGUGUAGUAUGAAAAGCCAGGACACACUGUAGGUGUCUUGGGAAAAUUAUUUCCAUAUAGAUAGAUUUUGACUCUGAAGUAUGGUAAUCUUAAGAAUUUCAUUUAUCUGCAGGAUAUAUCUUAGGAGAAAUAACAAGCUUUAAAAUGUCUGUCUCAAAUUUUAAUUGUACCUUUGAAUUAAAAUAUUUUUUAAAAAUAUUAUUUCCUUGAACAAGCUGUAAUUAGAAUUUAAGACCUUAUUUUUGUUUUCAGUUCUUCAUCACUAAAGAUAUGUGGCUGAAAACAGGAUAGUUGCAAAGAUAAGAUUUUUAUCCAAACAGCAACUCAUGAAGUAAUGUUGCUUUCUCUUUUUGCUUGGAAUAUUUUCUUAAUUUUGCUUGCAGCUGAAAUAAAAAUAACGUUUUGCUAUAUGUCAUACCAAAUGCAGAUCAUUAUUUAUUGUGCCAAAUCCUAUAUAUGUAAACAAGUAGUCCUGUGGACUGUUAAAACGUGUGGAUGCUCACCUACCAGCAUUUGCAGAAUUGACAUAAUCCCAAGAGAAACACAGGACAUAGUAAAGGUUUUCUGAAGUAAAAUAUGGAUUUCUAAGAAUCUUGUUGUUUUCCAACGGGUAUAAUUUGACUUGAGCUCAGAUUUCUGUCUCUAACAGUACUUGAAAUCCUACUUCAUGAUUAAAGUAGUAGGAAAUACAUUACCAAAGAAACCAUCCCCAAACACCAAGAAAGUAAUACCAGUGAUGUGUAUAUGAAAUUUGUUUUGGUGCUUCUUUACCGUCAUUUCCUUAUUUGCUUGGAGGGAGCAUAGUUGCAUACUCCCUUGGACCCCUAUUAAAAAUUCCAGCUCUAGGUUCUGCUGAAUAGAUUCUGUUAACCUCUGAUAAUGCUUUUUUUUCCCCUUUUCUUUUUUUUUUCUUUAUAUAAAUUUGAAAAAGUCAGGUACCGUGAAGUGAUAGCGUACAAGCUUACAAAAAUGUGUGCCUACCAAGUGAUCCUCAAAAGGUUAAACAGAUAUUCCUGGAGGUGUUCUGAACCAACAAGUGGAGCACUUAUUAGUAUAAUACUGAGAACAAUCACUUGAGUGGAUGAAAAAAUUCUAGUUUAGCUGCAGCUACUAGUAUGCCAUAUGUGUUUGUGUGUGCAGAACUCUGAACUUGGAAAACAAAAUAAGUAGUGCUUAAAUGCCAGGGUAAAGUUCUUAUUUAAGAAGCAAGUUCAAACAUGUCUAUCCAUAUGGGUAUAUAAAUACCCUAAAUAUGUUGAAAAAAUGUGAAAGACAUAUUUUCACUUUAUUUUCAUCCUCACAUGCAGUAGGCUUACAUGUAGUUUUUAAAAAACUACAAGGGAAAUGGAAUUCCUUGGGAAAACAGAAUUCCUGUUUUUAAAUAAGUCAUAAUCUGCCUUGGUAUACUAAAUCAUAAACAGAGAUAUAAGUGUGAAUGAAUGGACCAUCAGCUGUUAAUACUGCAUGCUUUUGGACCCAGUAAAUGUUACACUCUUUCAAACUACACUCUGCUGGUAGAUGAGUCACCUUGGCCAUAAGUAGGAAAAAGCUCCUGUAAACACAGUUCCUCCUGUAAACACAGUUCCUCCAUUUUGCUUUUGCUUUUUAUUCAUUUCUUCCAGUCUUCUGCUGUUGUUCAUACGUUCAGCACAAAACUCAAGAUACUUCAAAAGUUCUAUAAUGACUUUUUCCAUCAGUGGCAAUAAAACCACUUUUAAAAUUCACCUGUUUAAAAAAGUAAGAAAACAAACAACCCGUAAAAACUCCAGCAGCUUUGAUCAGGCAAGAAGGUAUAGGUUUUACAGUAAUUACUGAGCUUUUCAGAAUAAGAAGAUAAACUUUCAGAUGGUCUAGACUGCCAUAAGUCUGUUUAACUGCAGUAAUUCUUAGCAGUUUUUUGGAACCAUAUGUCUACAUCCAUCAUCAAGCUGCAAGAGCUGUAUCACUGAAUUUGGGUGUUUUGAGCAGUUGCUCACAACAGGCUUGAACACACCAAUGGCUGAUCUUGGUAUGUCAUGCAGUGACAUCUUGACAUGAAUAGUGGUAGCUGACACUUACAUGGAAUAUUGUGUUGGCUGUAAAUUUUAUUAAAAAAUGCAGGGAGAAGGUGAGGCCAACUGUACCAUACUAAACCAAUCUUGAUGCUUCCUCAAAAGCAAGAUUUUCAAAGUAAGCAAAGUGAGUUUUGAUUGCAGACUUUCACCUAAUAAUAGUGAAACUAAAUGGCGAACAAGUAUGAACAGGAAUACUUGGUGUUACAUUUAUCCUUUUUUUAUGUUUUCAGUUGUGCUGUAUUUUUCAAGUUGAUUAACUUGAUGCAGUCUAGGUAUAUUUUUAUAAUAACAAGUCUUUAAAAGCUGUAAUAUGCUUCAGUAUGGGUUUACAUGUUACACAUGUACACAGCAUGUUACAUGUGUCAGAACUGACUGUCCAGGUGCUUAUAAAACUUUACCUUCACAAUCUUUUCUUAAUAUGAAAAAUUGUAUGGAUGUACAAGUCUGUGACAGCAAUCUUAAUAAUUUCACUCAUGUAUAAGCCCGUUUUCCUACCUAACAUUACGCAUUUCCUACCUAACAUUACAUCCCAGGUAACAACUGAUGGGAUGAGAGAAAACGGACUCAAGUUGCAUCAGGGGAGGUUUAGAUUAGAUAUUAGGAAAAAUGCUUUCCAUGGAAAGGGUUGUCAAGCAUUGGAACAGGCUGCCCAGGAAAGCAGUGUAGUCACCAUCCCUGGAGCUGUUUGAAAAACAUGUGAAUGUGGCAUUUAAGGACAUGACUUUAGUGGUGAACAUGGUGGUGGUGCUGCCUUGACAAUUGAUGAUCUUAGAGAUUUCUCCAACCUUAACAAUUCUAUGAUUCUGUGAUCUUGUAUCUGUAACAAUAUUUCUUCCAGGAGUUGGAAUUUAUGUUUAUUGUUAAUAUACUGUUAAGCACUGGGCUGUUCAGCUACUCUGACUCUUAGGUCAUACAUGGCACUGAUAUAACUUGACAAGAAAAACUUCCAUUGGAUGGUAUUCUGGAUCAUAUACAUUAUCAAGUCACCAUUUCAGUAGCUUAGAAGUUAGUUUUACUAGGAAUUUUGCCUUGGGGAAAAAAAAAAUCUAUGUAUUCUACAUAAUGAUGCAUUUUUGGCUUGCAUCCUUUAAACAUGGCAUGAGUACUGAUUAAAUACUGUACCUCUUACUCAUUGGUGUUUCCCAGUUUGCUACUAAAUUUUUUUAUCUCUGUUCAGGAAUGAGAUCCUUUUUAAAGUAAUGAGUUAUGUGUCUGAAACACUUUUAAGGCGGUAACAAUUUUACCAUUAUAAGAAUCAUGAGUUACGGUUGAAGGGAGAUGACUUCGCAUGGCUGAUUCUGCACAUUAAUAGAAAUUAUAUGCAGAAAUUAAUCUCAUGUCUUCAUGCUCUAUUUUUUUUCUAAAUGUAUUCAAUAAAAUUCUUAUUACAUG